CCCCCCUAAGCACCAAGGAAUGCGCAACCAGAGGGAACGUUGGUAAAAUGCUUUAUUUGAGCGCUCUGACCGCCGACUGUGUCUCUGCUCAUGGCUCCCGAUCUUCCCUCUGUCCAGCUCCUUUAUGGAGACAGACUCAGAUACACAAACUGUUUUGUUACAAUUGUUAAGCCAGCAUGUUAAUACGUUUUAUUUUGAAAACGUUUUAUUUUGAAACAGGAAAUGUCCCGAAACUUCCGGUAGCUUGUAAUCAGGAAGUAAACAAGAGCAUGGCUCAGAGACGCUGUUUUCAUUAGUUUUGCAAUCCAGUGGAAUCUGCAUACAUCUUAUACCUUUUGAUAGCAUCGUUGUUUUACUCUUUCCUGUGUCAAUAAACCUGUGGACAACGGAAAAGGGUCUUCAGAGUCAUGAUGUCAGGAAGGAGUUUGUCUAACUGCCGAGGUGUAUAACAGCACAUAUACUGAGGGCAGCACAGUAAAACAACGGCUUUCUAGCGGGCAAGAUAACGCAGCCAGCUGACAGACGCUACUAACAACGUCAUCACACGCAGCCAGUGGAUGACCAUCACAGCGGUUUCUAAACAGAGGUACGUCACCAGACAACGCCAUGGCCGAGAAAGCAAGUUCAUUAAAGACGCAGUCCCGCGCUACAUGUUCCGCUUCACACUCACGUGCAUCAUCAAUGGGGUCUGCUGCAGCAAAGGCAAGAGCAAGAGCAGAGGCAGCAAAAGCACGCAUGUCCUACGCCGAAGAGGAAAUGAACCUAAAGCUAGGAAAAGCUAAGCUAGAAGCCUCAAUAGAAAUGCUCAAUUACAAGAAAGAGACAGCCGCAGCCGUAGCUGAGGCUGAAGUCCUUGAAGCUGCGGUAGAUGCAAAUCGUGAAAGAUAUUUCAUGUUAAAUUUGGACACCAAUCCUUUGGAAGCUGCACAACGCACAGAACAAUAUGUGAUUGACCAAGCCGAAUCACAAAACACAGAAGCUCAGCUGUUUGAUGAUGGUGUUGUAACAGAAAGAGGCCCAAGCCCUAACUACGAAACUCCAGCUGCAUCUAUCAAAUCUGAAGCCAACUCAUUCCAUCCAACCCAAGCCAAUAUAGCUUCCCAUCAUACGCAUAGCCACAAAGCAGCUUUUCAACCAACUCGCCUCACCUCACAGCAGCCUUGCAUCUAUGAAGAUGAAAAUGUCAAUAGGAAACGCAAUGUGCGGUUUGACAACCAUAAUGCCACUCCUGAGCAGAGUCUUGGACCUCAAAACGGCAAAGGUCAUCCUGCCCGUAAAUCCUAUGCCACAUUUUCAAACACCAAUAAUGUCAACUCCAACAUUAGCGACUUUGUGAGAUACUUUGCUCGUCGUGAGCUUGUGGCAACAGGCCUACUUCAUUUCAAUGACAGACCUCAGAACUACAGAGCCUGGAAACGUUCUUUUCAGAACGCAACCAAAGGUUUAGACCUGACACCAAGCGAGGAAAUGGAUCUCCUGUUUAAGUGGCUCGGCAAAGAGUCAGCAGAACACGUCGAGCACAUAAGAGCGAUACACAUCAAUCGUCCAGCAGCAGGUUUGGCUAUGAUAUGGCACAGACUUGAACAGUCUUACGGCUCCGCAGAAGUUAUAGAAGAUGCUUUGUUCAAACGUAUCGACGCCUUUCCAAAAAUAACAAACCGAGAUUAUUCUAAACUAAUCAAGCUGAGUGAUCUUUUAAUGGAACUAGUCAGCCAAAGCUGAAGGAGACCUACCCGGCCUCUCUUUCCUUGAUACAGCGAGAGGC